AUGAAAGUAGCAUCCCAACCAAAAUCGCUCCGCCUUCGUAUGACGCGAUUCUUCAACAAAGGGAAGAAGCACGUUUAUGGCUUUCCAAUCAAGGACGAUUGUACUUUGGAUACGCUCAAUCUUUCUGGACGAAGCCAUGACUCCAUCAAGAGUAUUCAAAGCCAAAGCGAAACGAGAUCGGACAGCCUGACUGCAGCUCGUAUGAGCGCCUUGAAGCAACUUCAGCAAAUUGAGGGAAACAGCCAUCCUGAUGUUUUGUUUGCCAUGAAGUACCUGGCUCGAGCUCAUCGUCGAAAUGGGGAUGUUGUUGUUUCAGAACAAAUGGAGGAGAUUAUCCACAGUCAGCAUAUCAUCCAAAGCCAGAGAAGCUUGGUAUCGCUUUGA